AUGGACGAAAGGAGAGCUGGCGAGAUUCUAACGGAAAUCAUUGAUGACCUCCUUUCUUACGAUGAGGACCGUUAUAAACAUGUCCUUGAGACCUAUUUUACUGAAGAUGCCAAGUUAUCUCAUCCUCUUUUGAAUGUUCAAGGAACACACAAUAUCCGAAAAGUUUUUCGGGUAUGGGUUUCUUUAAAUAGUCGAGAACCCGAUAUUAUCGAUAUUCCAGCCUUCAAUGGUAAAACUGCUGUGGUCCAAGUAAUGCAACAUUUAAGCCCUAGGGUUCUUCCUUUCAUCGAUAUCAAAGUUCCUUCAGUUACAGUCUUAAAAUUCUGCAAGAAAGAGGAUGGCUUAUUUUACAUUGAAAAGCAAGAAGACAACUGGACUCUCGAAGGGCUUAUUAAAAGCGUUCCUUUAAUUAGUUGGUGGUAUGACUGUGUAGUACGCUUUGUUGUAGGUAACCUUGUGGCCGGUGCUGGUUCUUUUCUUGCUACUGCAAAUCAAGCAACUUCCCACUUGGCUGUCAAAGCUAACGAAAUAAGGGAUAAUGGUCAAUCAGCGAUCGCUCAGGGUCAAAAUACGGCUAAAGAAUAUUUCUAUCCAAUUACGAGCAAGGCACAAUCAUAUAUUAAUCAUGGUUUAUCAAAGAGUCAAGAUGUCGUUGACCAUGCUAAAAACGCUUUCUUAAAUGCCCAAGUGGGCGUCAAAAAUCAGAUCUCGAAAGUUACAGGCGGUCAUACCAAUGGAAACAUUCCAGCUUCUACUGAGAUGUUGACUCCUACUGCUGCACAUUAA